CACGUGAUGACGAACGGCAUAUGCCAGCCCGUGGACUGCCUAGACGACUCGGAAUGCACCGACGAGAGCACGCGCUGCAUCGGUCGUCACUGCCGCUGCGCCAGUGACUUUGACCUCGUCGAGAACAAGUGUCGCAAGAGCAAGGUCGGCGAGUGCAACCUCGACGUGCCCUGUCCGCGCAACCACUCCACCUGCCUGCACUGAGGAAGGCGAGUGCAUCUGUUCGCCGGGUUACCGCGCCGUGUUCGCGCACUCGUCGGCCGAGCGCACGUGCCUUCGGGUCUCGUGCGCGCUGGACGCCGACUGCAAGGCGGCAUCGGCGGGCGCCCGUUGCCAGCAGGGUCUCUGCGUGUGUCCCGACGACCGGCCGGCCGAGAGCGGGUUCUGCCUGCUGCCGCACGACUCCAAAACUGUGGCGCAGGGUCUGUGGGGCGUGACCAAAAUGAUCACGUACUGCGUCGGCCUGGUCAUCGGCGUCGUGGCGUUCGCGGCCGUGUCGGUGACCCUGCUGCGGGCCAAGGCGUCAGCGGGUUACGCGCCGAGCCCCGGCGAUUACGACGACGAGGGCAAACAGCUGGGCGACGAAGGUGCCAUCAUGGCCGAGGCGGUGCUGAUGAGAAACCGUCGAGGACACUACCUCGAGGCAACUCAGGGGUUCGAGGUGGAGGAAUCGGACCUGGGCUGCGACCUUCCGGAGGGCUCGGACGAUGAAGAGCAACGCAUGGAUCGCAUGUUUGUGCGAUCCCUGUUCCCCAAGUUGUCUGACGGACUGUUCCUAGCCUCGCACGCAGGAAGCCGAACGUCGUUUGCGGGAACGGCUGGAGACAGGUCGCCGGGGACGACUGUUCAUAUUUAGAUCUUUCAUGGUGUCUUUACUUUUUCCCCCUUUUAUAGUACGUUUAUUGCAGUGGGUAGUGCCUAAUAUUUAUUGUGCAUGACAUUUUAUGCUAUGUAUCGAACUUCAAUUUCGCUUUCUAUAGUAUAUUGCUUCGGAGACGACAUCCACGCGUACACUUCGAGCAACAUAAUUUUCGUAUUGAUUAGAAACUGCGUUAAAGGGGUCUGAAUCUGCACGCUUGUCUUGGGCUGAUUCCGUUUUCAUAUGAAAACAGCACGGAGCGGCAGCGUGCUAUAGGGACCAAGUUUUGCUCCGCAUCACUUGUUUUACUUGUAAAUCGUAAUUUGCAGUGAGUAUCCAGUCUACCACAUGUACUGCUACCUCGCAAACUUAUGAACGUAAUCUUACAGGCCACAUUGUUGUCUCCAGUCUGACUUAGUCUUAUGCCUCGAGCGGUGUUACCCUUUCUUUAUGCGACAGAGACGCCAUCAGAUCAUAGUCCACCAUGAAGU